GUCAUGCGGCGCGAACGUCACUUCCGGUGUUUGGUAGCUGCGCAGAAAUGGAAGAAGGUCCGUGCCAAGGGCUGCGGCUGCGGUGACAGCGGAAGAUGAAGCGGUGCAAAGAUGAGGGAAGCUGACAAGACGGACACAAUGAAGCCUCAAGACAGAAUUUUCAGGAUGGGGGAGAGGAGCAGCGAAAGAAAGAGAUGUGACUCCUUUGUGAACAGCUUGUUUGAAGAAGCAAACGACGCAGGCGUCCUUAACGCUUCACCAGAAGAUGAUGCUGAAGUUGUAAUAAAGAUGUGGAAGAAUGGGUUUACAAUCAAUGACGGUCAACUCAGGGAUUAUACAGAUGCUGCAAAUCGUCAGUUUAUGGACUCCAUGAGGAAGGGAGAGCUCCCCCCAGAGCUUCACAAGACAUUUGAAAAGAAAGAAGUGUCAGUGAAUGUUGAAGACAGAAAAAGUGAAGAGUACUUCAUAAGAAAGAAGCUUGUGGAUCCAUUCUCUGGCCAGGGUCACCGAUUGGGAAGUGCAACCCCGAAAUUAAUCACCAAAAUAGAGAAUGGAGAUGAACAGGUUCUCUCAACUGUAGUGCUGGAUGCCAAGGAACCUCAAACCAACAUCAAGAUCUGGCUCUCUGAUGGCAAGAGGAUAGUUCAGAAAUUUAACACUACGCACAGGAUCAGUGAUGUCAGGAAUUUUGUGGAGCGCCUCCCGUGUAAAUCGGAGAAGAUCCCCUUCACACUGGCGACCUCCUUCCCUUUGCGGGACCUUUUGGAUGAGUCGGUCACCAUUCAGGAAGCUCAGCUGCAGAAUGCUGUCCUGGUGCAGAGACAGCAGAAAACCACAGAACCUUUAAGGGACUCUUAGUCCAGGAGGCAUCGGCAAUGGGCAUCUCCAUCUGAGGGAACGAGAUUGGCGCUUAGGGAUCUCUGUGUGUGUGAAAUCUAAGCAGCACUGUGAACACUGUACAAAUCCAGGGGGCUUGUCCUGGAUGCCUUGCUCUAUCUUUGUCCCUGUGUGCAGACGCGCUGCCUUGAAGACUGCUGAGCCCCCUGUACCGCUUUACACUGUGAGGUUCUGUAUUGCAGGGUGCACUUACUUACACAACAACCCAUUCCCCUCAGGUUUCUUCUGCAGAUAUUUCUGCUCCAGAUGGCUUUACAGCAGUGGUCAAAAACUGUGGCCCUCCAGAUGUUGCGAAACUUCAACUCCCAGCAUGCCCGGACAGCCAACGGCUGUCCGGGCAUGCUGGGAGUUGAAGUUUCGCAACAUCUGGAGGGCCAAUGGCUGUCCGGGCAUGCUGGGAGUGGAAGUUUCGCAACAUCUGGAGGGCCAAUGGCUGUCCGGGCAUGCUGGGAGUGGAAGUUUGGCAACAUCUGGAGGGCCACAGUUUGAGACCACUGCUUUACAGUAUUAUUGUGGCAAUAAGUAGGUUAUAAGUGGUUAUCAUCACUGGUAAACUUCCUGGCAGAGCAUGCAAGAUUAAUGGUUCUUAGUGGUGGAGUCAUACAUUGUGUAACAUUACGCCACAAAAUCUGCAUGUCCCAAUUGCACAUUGUGGAUUUUACUCCAUUAAAUCCAAAGACUGAAAUCCUCAUUUAAAAUGUGCAGAUUGUGCAGCAAAUACCUGUGUGCGUAAAAUUAAAGGGGUACUCCCGUGGAAACUUUUUUUUUUUUUUUUUUUUUUUUUUUUUUAAAUCAUCUGGUGCCAGAAAGUUAAAGGGGUACUCUGUUCCCUUGCUUUCGGAGCUCCGCUCCCCAGCGUCUGGAAGUUAUUGUUCCGAACGAUGUGUGUGCGGGCUUCCCGUCACGCCCCCUUCCCAUAGACUUUCGUUGAGGGAGCGGGUGUGACGUCACGAGGGGCGGCCCUGAACACUGAAGCCCGCACACACAUCGUUCGGAACAAUAAACUUCCGGAGGCUGGGGAGCGGU